AUGGUACCUCUUAUCACUGUACCUCUUAUCAUGGUACCUCUUAUCACCGUACCUCUUAUCAUGGUACCUCUUAUCACUGUACCUCUUAUCAUUGUACCUCUUAUCACCGUACCUCUUAUCACUGUACCUCUUAUCAUGGUACCUCUUAUCACUGUACCUCCUAUCAUUGUACCUCUUAUCACUGUACCUCUUAUCAUUGUACCUCUUAUCACCGUACCUCUUAUCACUGUACCUCUUAUCAUGGUACCUCUUAUCACUGAACCUCCUAUCAUUGUACCUCUUAUCACUGUACCUCUUAUCAUGGUACCUCUUACCACUGUACCUCUUGUAACCGUACCUCUUACCACUGUACCUCCUGUUAUCGUACCUCUUACUACCGUACCUUACGUUACCGUACUUCUUACCGCUGUACUUCUUGUUACCGUACCUCUUAUCGCCGUACCUCUUAUCACUGCACCUCCUAUCACUGUACUUCUUACCACCGUACCUCUUACCACUGUACCUCUUAUCAUGGUACCUCUUAUCUUGGUACCUCUUAUCACUGUACCUCUUAUCACCGUACCUCUUAUCACGGUACCUCUUAUCAUGGUACCUCUUGUCACUGUACCUCUUAUCAUGGUACCUCUUAUCAUGGUACCUCUUACCCGUACCUCUUAUCAUGGUACCUCUUAUCUUGGAACCUCAUAUCAUGGUACCUCUUAUCACCGUGUUUCUUAUCACGGUACCUCUUACCAUGUACCUCUUAUCUUGGUACCUCCUAUUAUGAUACCUCUUAUCAUGGUACCUCUUAUCACUGCACCUCUUAUCACCGUACCUCUUAUCACGGUACCCCUUAUCACUGCACCUCUUAUCACUGCACCUCUUAUCACGGUACCUCUUAUCAUGGUGCCUCUUAUCUUGGUACCUCUUAUUACGGUACCUCUUAUCACGGUACCCCUUAUCACUGCACCUCUUAUCACGGUACCUCUUAUCAUGGUACCUCUCACCACCGUACCUCUUAUCAUGGUACCUCUUAUCAUGGUACCUCUUAUCACCGUGCCUCUUAUCACGGUACCUUUUAUCAUGGUACUUCUUGUCACUGUACCUCUUACCACCGUACCUCUUAUCUUGGUACCUCUUAUUACGGUACCUCUUAUCACGGUACCCCUUAUCACUGCACCUCUUAUCACGGUACCUCUUAUCAUGGUACCUCUUACCACCGUACCUCUUAUCAUGGUACCUCUUAUCAUGGUACCUCUUACCACCGUACCUCUUAUCACUGCACCUCUUAUCACCGUACCUCUUAUCAUGGUGCCUCUUAUCAUGGAUAAUUUUGGUGAUGUGAAAUUACAUUAUAAUACAAUUAUACAUCUUCUUCUUUUCUUUCUUUUUUCAAAAAAAAAAAAAGUUAUUAUGAAAAUUUGA